AUGGAGCCACCUAUCCUCGCCGCCCACGAUGGCGGGAGCGACGACGAGGACCCCAUCCCCCCAGCUGAUCGGGCGAUGGUGCCCGUCGGACGGAGGCGCAACCUACACUUUAUCGGGCAGUGCCUGGGACACGAUGUCAGCUGGCGUGGUACUCAGGUAAUCCGUGUCGUCUCGCUCCAAGCGGGCGGCGUGGGUGGAUCAGAUCGCGAAGCAUGGGGCAAAUGGUGGGCAGAUUGCGCUGCGGAACUGGGCGCGGACAUUUUUGUGUUGGCUGAAACGCGCAUCAGUACCUCUAGAGGGCACGCGCAGGCUGUCACUGGUAUGGAAAAGGGGGGAUACUUCGGGAUUAGUCACAAUGUGGACCCUACGACUCCCACCUCGUCGCAGGCCCCUUCACCAUUGUCGUCGGGAAUAAUCAUUGCAGUCCGCAAGGACUACAUAGGAAGUUGGCAGCAAGUCACCAGAGACUCAAAUGGACGCGCACUAGCCGGCACACUCCUCAAGGACGACGGAGCGGCCAUCCGUGUGGUGGGCGUAUACGGCCCGACAGGCGCCACCUCCGCCUCCUUCGACCAGGUUCAAACGUGGUUGAAUAGGCUUGAGAAUCGCUUGCAAGCUGUGGAGCGCGACAUUGCUCUUAUCAUUGGCUUGCAGCGCAGCAUCCGGCAAUUGCGUAGAGCUAACAUUCUGCUUUUGCGUGCACUUCAAGAGAGUCACAUGAAGCCUCCGCCAGUGCCAGCGAACCAAUCCCCAGAUCCUUGUUUGGACGUGGCACCUGAGCCUUCAUCGUGCGUUUCCUUCGAGGUGUUCCCGGCCGGGGACCCGUUGCCUGCACCAUCGGACCACGUGGGUCGCAUCCUUCAGAUGUUUGUAGCAGCCACCGUCAUACGGUACAGCUCAGCCUUCAGAUCCCUUGCUGACACCAUUUUGGAUUUGGGAUUUGCUUUGGAAACAUUGACAUCGGUCCAGCUUGCUGAUGCUCUUGUCGUCUUAAGCUUAGCGCGCAGCAGUGACCCGGAGUCGGGAACACACUCAGCGACCGCAAUCAAGGCCAUCCGGUGGGUUAAACGUAUUUUUGAAGUCGCAUGCUUUGAUGUCGCGUACUCACCCUUGAUUGGCAGUUUCCUGAAAUCCAAGAUUCCCCGUGAACGUAAAGAGGCGGUGCCCUUGUCUCUUUAUGUCGUCACACAGUUUGAGCGUGGCGUGCAUGCAUUGCAGCCUUCACCCGGGCCAUCCCUUGCCUUCGAGUCUCCUUUUAUCGAUUGGAGCUACAGGGGUCAGCAGAAGCUGAGAUUCGCCAUAAUCGGCGGAGCCAGGUUCCUUACCCCGCUCCACAGAGGCUCUCAGCAUCCGUUGGAGGAGCCACCAGUGCAGAUUGAGUCGUUCAGCAAGGCAGCAGAAACCACUUCUUUCGAGCACUUUCCACAGUUCGUUAUGAAGGAAGGGUUGCAUCUUCCUGAGUUCGAGAAAACGUCGGAGUUACCUAAGCCGGUUGACCCAGCACCCUUGUGGGAUGUGCAAUCAUCCGAUGAAGAAUCAUUGGACAGCAGCGGCGACGAAGCACCCAAGCUCCCCGACUUAGGGGAUCCUGAAGAAUUGGUGCUCGCAUCGUGCACAGGCGUGCACCAUGCUAUGGUUCCUUCCUCAGGAGCCUCUGCGACCACCUAUCGUGGUAAGGGCCUGCGACCUGCUUGUGGCGUUCGCUUGUAUGCAGACAAUAUUAACUGGCGCGAGCAGUAUUCUCCCGAGAUCACAUUGUGCAAAAGACGUGCAUGCUGCAUAAUCCUCGGCCUCUCUGACGAGCUUGCCGAUCUGGCAGUGGCAACGGGGUGGAAGUCAUCCACUUUCAAGCAUGCUGUCAGCAGAUUGGCGGAUUUAGAUUCUGUGUUGGGCGAAAUCUUUCCGGAGAAAGCUCUGACAGUUCUUCAGAAGGCCACUAUUCGAUCGGUUUGGAGUAAACUGCAGGAGUCAGAACCCUCGGGUUCUACAGCCUCUGCAUCACCUCCUGUGCCAGAGUCUCGGGAAGGAUCAUGGGUGGAAUCUUUUGCCCCAAAGAUAUCAGCAUCUUCAAUUUCUGAAAUGAAACGGAAGUAUCUGGUAAACUAUCCGUCGGAGAUCAUCAACUACUCCACUCAGCCGUCAACCAGAUUGCUGAGCUUAGCAUCGCACCAGCAGAACAAGAAGGAUUGGCGAUGGAUCCCCUGGAAAUAUCGAAUGACGGAAGAGCGAGCUUCUGAGAUAAUGAUGUCCCGGCCCAACAAGCAACCUCGGCUUGAGGCUAUCGGGCUCUCGGGGAUGUUAUUGGACGAACCUCCAGCUCUGGAAAUCCAAGAUCAUUCCAUGGGUGUGAAUGCUAUUCAGAAGCUUAUGAAUGUGCAUGACGUGGCAUUGGCAAUGGUGGGAACCGCCCAUCUCGCCAGGCUAAAAGGAUAUACAACAAAAUUCAUUUCUCUUCUGACUCAGAAAUUCGAUGCUUCAUCAGGCCUUCGGCCACCAUCAGUUUUAGAAGCACAACAGGCAGAUUGCCGCUUGUGGCAGGGCAUGAUCACCCUGGUCACCGACAAAGGAUGGACGAUGGAUGAUGUCCUCUACGAGUUCACCGAGGUGCGGGGCGAGAUGGCCAGCCUGCUUCAAGCUCGAGCGCGUCCUCCUCCCGUCCCCAAAGGCUGGGAAGGCAAGGGCAAAGCUGUCAAGGGCUUGGGUAAGAUGCUUGUGGAGUCCUAUGCCAAAGGCUACGCAUCGCAGGCGUCUGUCAAAGGCAAAGGGAAGGACAAAGGCAAGAACAAGGAGGCUAAAGGCGGCUCCAAUAUCAACUUUGUGAAGUCGAUCAUGGACUCUGUAAAGAACUUAACCAAUUUCUUCAGCAAUGUUUUCCAGGUGAAACGUGGUACCGCCAUUCCGCUUCACUCUACACUGCUAUCGGUGCGGCACCAAAAACUGCAAAGCCUUUCAGAUCUUGCCAGUGUUCGCAUCACAGACAGACGUAUCUGGAUGCGCAUAUCCAGCCAAUGCAGCAACAAGCGCCGCCUGAGUGCGGAGUCAGUGCGCAUUCUGGGGCUUUAUGAGUUGUGGUUACUUCACAUGAGCCCCAUGGUCAGCAUGCGACCGGCAGCAGUGUUUCCAGUGGAAGCACAAGCGGUUCCCAUUCAGCAAGAUAUGCAGCUUGACAUUGCGUGCUAUGAAGCACUCGCUCAAGGGGUAAGGUUGCAGAUUGAUGAUCAGCACGCAGUGGUAAAGAGGCUAUGGGAGAAAAGUGCUCGGUAUGCCAGCAAACUUUUGUCGCGCGCGGGGCAUGCAGAGGACAGACCCUCUAUCGUGGAUUGGGAUGGCUUCCGCACACACCCGCAGGACUGGGCCGGGUCGCUGACAGGCGUGUCAGCACAAGCCAUCCAAUAUUGGGAGCCCACGACACACGCAGCCGAGCCCGACCUUGCUGGAAACCUUCUUAUACCACUGGAGUGGACAUGUGUACCCGUCAACCGCCGAGCAAGAUUGGAGAAUGCUUCACUGGUUAACUCUUGGAUCUCCACUGCCAGGAACUAUCAGACCAAAUGCCAACGACACGCAGCUCGGGACAUGGCCAGUUCUAGGAAAGCAGCACUCCGCAGAUUGGACUUCAAGUCUUGGGCUCGAAUGCUUCGCCCCCCUCUAGGUAUGACCCACAAAUACUCCCCUGAAUGGGUAGUGGAUGAAGGGGGACACCGCCGUCCCCCUGCCAAUGCACAGGAUGCACUGGAGGGGGCUGCGCAGGAGUGGGAGCGUCUUUUCCAUGCUCCGCCCAUCCCCUGGCAGCACCCCGCAUUCCUUGCAUGGACUGACAAACUUGGCAAUAAACGUGGAGGCUUGAAUUUCGAGCACCUCGCCAACACGCCGCAUGCGGGCGACGAAGAAUCACUCCGCCCUACUCCGCCUGGAACCGGAACAGCGCGAGCACUGGAUUCGGAGGAUGAGAUGGUCACGCCCUGGCCGGAGCUGUUCUGGGAGUUGACAGACACGCAACGUGAGACGGCACUUAUUGCACCAAGCAACAAAAAGGCCUUCAAACUCAUCGAAGGUCCCGUCACGCAGAGAAUGGCCACAUCCAGAAGCCUUUUGGAGCUUGGAGCGGUUUACAGCAACACUAAUCUUGCCUAUGAGAAGAAACACGCCGCCACCACGGAAGUAUUAUACACUGACUGCAUUUUGUGCGAAAUCGCGGUCCGAACGGGUGCGCCGUUCGCCCGAGUCCCAUCUGACUACGAGAAGUACUUCAACUCCAUCUUGUACGAGGAAGUGGAUGCCAUACAACUGGCCCGAGGCAUACCAGACAUGGUACGCCGCUUCUACACCGAAGCCUUUCAAGGAAUCACUGUAGCCGUAGACACUCGCUGGGGACUUACGCGCGACGUGGACUAUCAACGCGGGGUGCCGCAGGGAACAAUAUCCUCUCCGGAGCUGUCCAAACCUGCUCAAGAGCCUAUUCUGCGCAUGCGGGAGCUAAGCACAGCCAGGUUCGUCACGGACCACGGAAUCGGCGUGGCUGUCACUGCAUAUGCUGACGAUGCCGAACAUUAUGCAGGAGGGAUCCGACAACUGCCGCAACUGCUGCAAGAACUGGGUAAGGGUAGCGUACUUGCCGCUGUAGGUUAUGCAUGGCCAAAAUUUUCGGCCUAUGCAUCGGAUUGGAAUUCGGUGCUUGGUACUGAAUGGGCGGCAAACCACGGUAUUACUCACGAUGGCAUACGUGCCACAGGCUACGAGAUUUGGAAGGGGCACGGUACCAUCAGCGACAAACACAGCAUUGCGGCACAGGACCUCCUCGACAAACUCAGUCAGCUGCGGCAAAAGAUGGCAUUCAGGAACUGCGAGUGGGACGAGAUUGCUGCGGCCUUCCAACUCAUUGGCCGAGGCUACGUCUCCUACGCACCCCUGGUAGGCAUCCCUUCCCCGACAAGCCUGCACUUACAAGAGGCCGAUUUGCAGCUCCUGCUCCUUAAGCGCCUUCAGGUCCGAUGUUCGGUGGAAAGAGUCAGCCUCCUGGCACCCCGGGAAAUAGGAGGCGUACAGUUGCCAUCCAUGGUCGAGGCCAUGGUGGCAGCAGUUGGCUCAGAUUUGCUUCUGCUUUUAAAUGGUAAAACGGCUUCCUCGGAUCUUGCCAGAGCCGAACUACGUAUGGCCAUGCAACUGGACCCUGACACAGCUUCCGCCCAUCAAGGUAUCGUUUGUAGAGCAAUGGUCUUUCUCGCAGGGUACGGAAUCUAUCUGUCGGUGUCCACUGAACGCCUCCUCUCCCGCCUCUUGGACCACCUCAAAACGCGCCUAGGCGCCCCACACGCCCAGUUCGUUGGUCCUGCAGAUGAGUGGGCCCAUCAGCAGGGAGCCCAAUACUGCCGUGUUGGCCGAUUCGCCAACUCACUUCGUCGGGCCCUGGAUUCUCUCCGACAAGCCGUGGACACACGAGAAUGGGCGUUUGAACACGUUUGGUAG